AUGGCCAAAUCUGUAGGUGAAAAAAGGGUUAGGAAUAACAUACCCAAUGAUCUUGUAUUCUCUAUUCUGUCAAAACUUUCUUUAAAAUCUUUAAAACGAUUUGGAUGCGUAUGUAAACCAUGGACUUUCUUAUUUGAAAACUCUUGUUUCCGCACUAAUUUUAUAUCAAUUCCUCCCUCUUAUUGCAAUGAUAUAUCUGUCCUCUUAUAUGAGGUUGUCGCCCAUGAUUAUUCUAUUCAUUGCUCUUCCUAUUUGCUUUCUGGUGAUAGGUAUGAGAAUCAAGUAAAAUUAGACUUUCCAAAUCCGUUUCAAGAGGAAAACUCUUUCUUUAAUUUUAAUACUUGUGAUUAUUAUGGUUGUGACCCUAUUACUGGAACUAUUUGCCUUUCACAAGGAAAACCAUUUGUACUGGGGAACCCAACUACCAAUGAAUACAAACUCAUUCCUCCCAGCUCUCUUCAGGCUGUACCACCUUAUAGGGAGCUAGCAUCAAAAGAUCUUCAUGGGUUUGGUUAUGACCAUAUCAAAGAUGACUUUAAAAUUAUUAGAUACAUGCGAUUUACUACAAUAAGUGACCAAGAACUUGAACGUCUUGAUGUGCGAUACGAAUAUGUUCCAUGGAACGAAAUAUCUUAUGAAUCUGAAUGGGAGAUUUAUAGCCUAAGGUGUAACUCUUGGAGUAAACUUGAUAUCAAUAUGCCUAAUCAUUGUGAAAUUGGUUCAUCUCAACUGUUGAACAUUGAUGGAAUGUCUCAUUGGUGGUAUGAAAGUGAAAAUCGUGAUAAACAUGUUUUAGUUUCAUUUGACUUUAGCAACGAGAUACUCUUCAAUUCAUGUCCAUUUUAUUUUCACACAUAUCUUAUUAUGACGACGAUACUAAGCGACAUGGUUUCAAUUAAUGAUGCUGUUUCCUACAUCUUAGUUUCAAUAAUGAUUAUACUUCUGAUAACUCCACUUGCAAUUCCUUUGAAAAUGACUCUAUUUCCUGCAAUUCGAAAAAACAACAUUCCAUUGGUUGGUUCUUCUGAUCUUUCAACAGAAACAAGUCCAUUGAUAACAUCAUCAUCUUCUUCAGCUGCAUAUGUUGGAAGUUUUCAUGACAAUGAGGAUGCUUCUUCAGAUGUUGAGAUACUAAUUGCAGAAGGGGAAGGGGCCAUUAGGAAGAAAAGGAGACCAAAAAGAGGAGAUGAUUUUAAGUUCAAAGAAGCUUUAGUUAAGGAUGAUUUUUGGCUACUUUGGUUUGCUUAUUCUUUCGGGGUUGGCUCAGGAGUAACUGUGCUCAAUAAUUUGGCUCAAAUUGGAGCUGCUUUGGGUGUAGAAGAUACAACCAUAUUGCUCUCAAUCUUCAGCUUUUGCAAUUUUAUCGGUCGUCUAGGUGCUGGUGCUGUUUCUGAACACUUUGUUAGCUCUAUAUGGCACUAUGCUGCAACAGCUUUACUUGGGAUGUGCUAUGGAGUUCAAUAUUCUAUAAUGGUCCCAACUGUUUCUGAGCUUUUUGGUUUGAAGCACUUUGGUGUAAUAAGUAGCUUCAUGAUGCUAGGAAAUCCAAUUGGUGCCCUUCUUUUUUCUGUUGCUGGAAAUUUGUAUGAUACUGAAGCGGCGAAGCAAGGAAACUCCACCUGCUACGGUGCAAAUUGUUUCAGAAUCACUUUUCUUGUUUUGGCUGGUGUAUGUGGAAUUGGUACCAUUUUGAGUAUAAUUUUGACAGUUAGAAUAAGACCUGUAUACCAAAUGCUGUAUGCCGGCGGUUCGUUUCGUCUGUCUCAAACUUCAAAUCAAUAUAAUUGUUCAAUGAGGAUAUAG